AUGGAUGAUUUCGAUGCGCAGUAUGAGGCUGAUUUUGUUAAUAUCACAGAAAAAGAAAAAAAACGGAAACGGACCAAGAAAACAGACUUGGAGAACAAAAGUAUCGAGGAGAAGAAGGAAGAAAAAAGAAGGAAAAAGGAAAGUAUAAAAAAUGAGAAGAAAAAACGAGCGAUAGCGCAGCAGCAAGAAGAGUUGGAGGGUUUGUUUGAGCAGGCUCGAAAACUAAGUAUCGAUGAUCUGUCACGCUGGGAGCAGGACGAGCGUCUGUUGACAGGAGCCGAAAUUGUGGAACUAAAACAGCUGAUACGACAGACUAAAGAAAAGAUCCGAGAAGAAAAACGCCUUGCGAAACAGCGCGAGAAGGAAGCGUUGCUAGAGUGGAAAAAGCCGAGAGAUGAUGUGGCUUGUGAUGAUCUCCAGCCUUUGCCAGAAUAUGCGCCGCUACGUCUUCCGAUCUGGAUGUCCGAUGAUGACUUCGGCGAUCACUUAUUUAUAUUCCAGUUCUUUCAAAGUUUCGCAGAGCUUUUGCCAAUCAGAGAGGUGCAUGGUACUAGCAAUAUCAAAUUUGCUGAAAUAGUAUCGGCGAUUCGAAGCCCGAGUCCAGAUACGGAUGAUAUGUUUGCCCAGCUAAUGCAUAUCUUGCUGAAAGCCAAAACGGAGCGAGCCGACGAGGAGGAUGGUGAUGAAGGUGAUUUUUAA